AUGGGUUUAGCAGCUACAAAGACCAAACAGAGAUUUGGGUUGGAUCCGCGCAACACCCAAUGGUCCAAUGACACCUCCCGUUUCGGGCACAAGCAGCUAGAAAAGUUUGGGUGGAAGCAGGGACAGGGCUUGGGUCUUGUGGGCCACGCCACCACCACCCAUGUCAAAGUGACCCUCAAGGACGACAAGGUCGGUUUGGGUGCUAAAAUUGCCAGAAAGGAAAAGGCUGACGAGUUCGACAGCGGCGAGUGCACAGGGUUGGACGUGUUCCAGAGGUUGUUGGGGCGUUUGAACGGUAAGGAGGAGACCAUCAGCAAGGAGUUGGACAGACAGAGAGAGCAGAAGAUCUUGAACGGUAAGUGGGGGAUCCAUUUCGUCAAGGGUGACGUAUUGCUGAGCACCUGGGAUGCCGACGCCAAGAAGUUGAUCAGCUACAGCGGUAAGAGGUCCAGAGAUGACGAUGAGUCGGACGGAAAGAAUCCCAAGAAGGGGAAGAAGGAGAGGAAGGAAAAGAAGGAGAGGAAGGAAAAAAAGGAGAAGAAGGAGAAGACUGAGAAGAGGGAUAAGACGGAAAAGAAAGACAAGAAAGAAAAGAAAGAGAGGAAGGAAAAGAAAGAAAAAAAAGACAAGAAAGAUGGGAAAGAAAAGAAAAUCAAAGAGAAAGUCACUCGUGAUAGUAUGUUGAAGCCUAAGGAUGCUCCAUCCACAAACUCGGAUGUCGCCAUCUCCACCAGAUUGGCUGUCAGAUCGAGGUGGAUCAGACAAAAGAGAGCUGCCACCAUGGAUGCCAAGGCGUUGAACGAGAUCUUCAUGAUUACCAGUUAG